AACCAACUUUAAAUGAGUGAAAUAAACUGGCUAGCCUUUUUACUACACAACUCCAUACAAUGAGCUUCUCAAUAUUAUUGGCAAUUCUUUUCGGCAUUUGCUUUCCUUUGUCAAUCAUCUUGAUGAAGAAGAAAGCUGAAGCCAAGAGGCUCCCUCCGGGGCCUCGGAAGCUUCCCAUCAUAGGAAACAUCCACCAGAUUAGUCAACCUUUGCACCAGUCACUUCGACGCCUUUCAAACAAACACGGCCCCCUCAUGCAUCUCCAACUCGGUUCUGUUCCAACGCUUGUCGUGUCGUCAGCUGCUAUGGCCAAAGAAGUUCUCAAGACACAUGACUUGAUUUUUGCUAAUCGUCCGAGUUUGUAUGCCUCAAGAAAGUCGAGUUACAAUUACACAGAUGUUGUUUUAGCUCCCUACGGGAGUUACUGGAGGGAAGUAAGAAAGAUUGCGGUAAUAGAAUUGUUGAGUGCAAAGAGAGUUGAGUCUUUUAAAUCUAUCCGAGAAGAAGAGGUGGCGCAUAUGAUUAAAACCGUCAGCAAUUCAUCAUUAGAGUCGAAUCCCAUCAAUGUGACUAAGCUGAUAUUCAUGGUAGUGAAUAAUGUUGUAAUUAGAGUUACGUUUAGUAAGAAAGGGAAUCAUGGUGAAGAGAAGAGAAAGAGCGGUACUCGUGAAUUUGGUGAUAUAAUUAAUGAAUCACUGGAUUUAAUAAGUGUGGGAAACAUUGCAGAACUAUUUCCAUGGAUGGGAUGGUACAACAAGCUUAAUGGAGUUGAAGCAGGAUUGGAAAAGAAUUUCAGAGAUCUGGAUAGCUUUUACGACAUGGUAAUCCAAGAGCACCGAGAGCGAUCUGGAGGCUCUGAGCAUGAAGAUCUUGUUGACGUGCUGCUUCGGGUUCAAGAUGAUCCUAAUCAAGAAAUUAGACUCACUAAUGCAAACAUCAAAGGUGUACUAAAUGACAUGUUUCUAGCUGGGACGGAUACUUCUUCUGUAACACUGAUAUGGGCAAUGACAGAACUGAUAAGAAGACCAUCAGCAAUGAGAAAAGCACAGGAAGAAGUGAGAGGAGUUGUCAAGGAAAGUGGUUCACUACAGGUAAACGAAAGCCAUCUUCCGGAACUUGCAUAUCUAAAGAUGGUUAUAAAGAUGGUUAUAAAGGAGGUAUUAAGACUCCACCCUCCAGUCCCAUUACUAGUACCUCAUGAAGCAACAGAAAGAUGCAGCAUUGCAGGCUAUGACAUUCCAGCGAAAACAAGGGUGUUAGUAAAUGCCAUGUCGAUAGGUAUGGAUUCUGAGUACUGGGAAAAUCCGGAGGAGUUCAAACCAGAGAGAUUCUUGAAUACUGAUAUUGAUUUCAGAGGCCAGCACUUUGAGUUGUUACCUUUCGGGGCCGGUAGGAGGGGUUGUCCGGGAAUCAAUUUUGCAGGGGUGAUAUUAGAGCUUGUACUUGCUAAUUUGCUGCAUACCUUCGAUUGGAAUUUGCCGGAUGGAGCAAGAGCUGAAGAUAUUGAUAUGGAAGAGUCAUCUGGGAUUGCUAUUCAUAAGAAAACGCCUCUUUACCUAGUUGCUUCUACACCUUCCACAGCUAUCUAGAUUAUUUAUAAAUGACUGCAUGUCAUGUACCCAUGAAUGCUUGUACUUGUUUUUUACUCUUUUAGUUUGUGUUUUUUGGGGAGAACAAUGUUAAUAAAACCGGUUGUGUAUUUGAAUCA